UUGUCCAUUUGUCCUCCCCCUCCGCUCCCCUGUCGCCUCUCCGCGUCAGUUUCCCUUCACCCUCACCGUCGCCGACGCCGCCCUUCUGCCCCUCCUGUGCCGCGCUCGACCUCCCCCUAAAUCCGCCGCGCGCACCGCCGCCACCGCCGCCUCGGAACCCGAUCUUCUUCGCCUCCCGCGUGACAGGCGCGGGCUCCCAUCGAUUGGAAGGGCUUGCUGCAUCAUGCAUUUUUGGUGGAUAAUCUUCAUUUGCUCUUGACUUUUCACUUCUUGUUGUCUUCAAAAUGUCAGGCUUGCUUAAUUCAAACCUUAAUGGUUCUGCAUCAAAUCUUCCGGACUCAACUGGAAGACCAUUUACAGCAUCCUUUUCAGGCCAAUCCGGAUCAAUUCCAGGUUUCCAUCAUUCUGGUUUGCACAACAUUCAUGGAAGUUUCAACCUUCCAAAUAUGCCUGGAUCACUUGCACAAAGGAAUGCUGCAAUGAGUGGCCUUCCAUCCUCUGGGGUUCAACAACCCGGUGGGAGCAUUUCUGGGAGAUUCACCUCAAAUAACCUUCCGGUUGCCAUGUCUCAGAUUCCGCAUGCACAUUCAGGUGUCAGUGGUAGAGGGAUGAAUGUUGGCGCAGGUCCAGCAUUUAGUAGCAGCAUGAAUAUUGGUGGUAACAUUCAAGGCUUAUCCUCGAGCUUGGGCGCCGGUGGUAGUCGCAAUUCUGUUCCUGGGAUGUCGGUAUCUCCAUCUUUAGGAAACUUGGGCCCACGGAUCACAAGUUCUGUAGGAAAUAUUAUAGGGGGAAGUAAUAUUGGAAGAAAUAUAAGCUCUGGUGGCUUAUCCGUGCCAAGUAUUGCAUCUCGGAUGAAUCUGAGUGGCAACACUGUGAGUGGUAAUCUAAAUGUGCAAGGAUCUAGCAGGAUGAUGAAUGGCCUGCUUCAGCAAGCAUCUCCUCAGUUGAUAAAUAUGCUUGGAAGUUCUUAUCCAACAUCUGGAGGUUCAUUAUCACAGAACCAAAUUCAAGCAGGAAAUAAUUCUCUAAGUUCUAUUGGGAUGUUGCAUGAUGCCAAUGAUACCGCUCCAUUUGACAUAAAUGAUUUUCCCCAAUUGACUGGUCGACCUAGUUCAGCUGGUGGUCCCCAAGGACAAUACGGGUCACUACGCAAACAAGGAGUUGGUGUUAAUACCAUUGUUCAACAAAACCAGGAAUUCAGCAUUCAAAAUGAAGAUUUCCCGGCUUUGCCUGGAUUCAAAGGUAACUCUUCAGAUUAUGCUAUGGAGUUGCAUCAUAAGGAACAACUUCAUGAGAAUGUACCUGUAAUGCAAACACAGCAGUAUCCUAUGGCAAGGUCAGUUGGCUUUAAUUUAGGAAGUAGCUACCCACCAAAUCGUCAGCAACACCAGCAAGGUGCUAACUCAGUCCAGAAUGCUGGAACUCAAAAUAUUGGACUAAGACCACUCAAUCAAACUCCUAGUUUGGCAUCGUACGAUCAACUUCUGCAGCAAUACCAGCAGCCGCAGACUCAAAAUCCUUUCAGGAUGCAGCAGAUGCCUUCAGCUGCACAUUCAUUUCGGGAUCAGAUUCAAAAGAUUCAAGGGGGGCCGUCACCACCCGAUCCAUAUGGCUUGUUAGGAUUACUGGGGGUUAUAAGGAUGAAUGAUGCUGAAUUAGCAUCUCUUGCUUUAGGAAUAGAUUUAACAACAUUGGGUUUGAACUUGAAUUCACCUGAUAAUCUAUACAAGACAUUUGGCUCACCCUGGUCAAAUGAGCCAGCAAAAGGAGAUCCUGAUUUUCAUAUUCCAGCUUGCUACUUCUCCGAGCAAACUCCAGCGCUACAGCCCAUACUUUUUCAGAAGCUUCACCUAGCAACCCUAUUUUACAUCUUCUAUAGCAUGCCAAAGGAUGAAGCUCAGCUAUAUGCUGCCCAUGAACUAUAUAGUCGAGGAUGGUUUUACCAUAAAGAAUCAAGGUUAUGGUUCACAAAAAUUCCAAAUGUGGAACCUCUAGUCAAAACUCAUCUCUAUGAACGUGGGUCUUAUGGUUUCUUUGACCCACAGAUUUGGGAGACAGUCCGUAAGGACAACUUUGUUCUCCAUUACGAGCUGGUAGAGAAAAGGCCGGCCCUGCCUUCUGUGGCACAAAAUGUUAGAUGAAAAAAAUUUCUGGGUAGACUCUUCCCACUAAGCAAGUUUUUCUUUGGUGUUCCUUCUGUACUAGGCAAUGAUUCCAUUGUUAUUUCAUCAGGUACCUCCUUAGUCCUAACUCAAAUUUUUGUGUCCCUGCUGGAUGGUACAAAGAAGCUCAUUCACAUUAUGGCAUCAUUACCUGAUUCUUAAGGACGGGGAGAAACUCAGAAACUAAGGUUACACUGAUCUGCUGUGAGGAGGAAGGCUGCAGAACAGAAGCGGGGAUGUCCAGCUGACAGCCCUUGUAAUUAUACUAAACAGUGGUAGAGAAUGUUGCAUUUUCCUUUGAUCGUGGGGAGCGUACUCCCUGUAAAGCUUCCUAAUGUUCAGGAUUAGUUGUCUGCACAGUUGCCCUUCCCGCCUCAAAUGACAACAUAGCUGGUCUGCGCCAUGGAACUCAGCGUCUUGUCCCCCCUGUCGAACGGCCUAGUACGCUUGGGAUAGAACUGGAGGAAGCGAAGUUGGGUUCGCGAGAGGGGUCCACUGGGCAUCGUGGAACCCGGUGGUCAGUAGGGAAAUGCGGGAUAAUGCAGUGGUCGAAAUGCAAACAGGCAAAGACGUCCCGCUGUUGGCUCAGAUUGUGUUGUGUUAUCCCUGUGAACUGACUCGAUCGCCCCGAGCUCCUAGUGCACCAGUGGCCCAGCUCGUCUGACUGGUAAGUUAACAGUCGGGGGAAUGGGUGGGGUGGUCGGUGCUUGAAAUAAUCAUCAUCCCCGGCUAUUGCUUCUC